AUGUUUCAAAAACCAGAUGUUGAUAACAAGUUGAAAAUUAAUGAUGAUGGUGUACGAUAUGAUACUAUUCUUGAAAAUGAUGUUUAUGAUUAUUCUCAACAAAAUGAUCAAGAAGAUGAACUUGAACAUAAAUGUGUGUUUGAAGUGGAAGAUGAAUCUGAAUUAGAUCAACCCGAAGAGAGAGAAGUCAAUUUUGAUGAACAGGUUUACGAAAAUGCUCCAAUAACAGAACGCAAAAAAAGGGAAAAUACAUUAUUAUUAGGUCUUUGGUAUGGAGACAAAAAGCCUAAUAUGAAUUAUUUUUUUCAUGUGUUUUAUGAUGAUCUAAAGAAAUUUGUCAAUGGUAUUGAGGUUUACAUACCAUGUCGGAGAAUUAAUAUUACAGUCAAGGGUAUUCUUUUGUUGGGCACUUGUGAUUUGCCUGCUAGAAGUGAUUGUUUAAAUUUUGUCCAGUAUAACGGGUACUACGGUUGCUCAUAUUGUUUUUGCCCAGGCAUGAAUUUUACAUUAGAAACAGGUGGUAAUGUUCACGUAUACCCAUAUACUAAUAAUAUUGAGAAAAGAACAUUACAAAAUUGCAGAUCAUUUGCUGACAAUGCUUCAAGAGAUGCACCAAUAAUGGGAAUCAAAGGUCCCACAGCACUUUCACUGAUUAUGCCUGAUUAUGUCAUGGGGAUGGCCAUUGAUAGGAUGCAUUGUGUAGAAGGUGGUGUUGUAAAAAAAUUGUUAUCUUUAUUUUUCAAUACUGAAUUUAAAAAUAAGCCUUUUUCUUUAUAUGCCGUGAUAAAUGUAAUUGAUGCUAGAUUAAAAUCAAUAAAACCACCCAAAUUUGUGCAUCGGAUGCCUCGAAGUGUUACAGAGUUACUACAUUGGAAAGCAUCAGAAUUAAAAUUGUGGUUCUUUCAUUACUCGUUACCUGUUUUGUAUGGAAUUCUUGCACCACAAUAUUUUGAACAUUAUGUGUUGCUCGUGGCUGGAAUUUCCAUUUUGAAUUCCAAUACUAUAUCUUUGUAUAAACUUGAUGUUGCUAGAGAUUUUUUACACAAAGUUAAAUGUUUUGAAUACUUGUAUGGUGAAAUGUACUGCUCCAUAAAUGUACAUCAAUUAUUACAUUUACCAGACUGUGUACAGAAUCUUGGACCAUUGUGGGUAUAUUCUUGUUUCGAAUAUGAGGAUAUAAAUGGCCAAUUAUUAAAAUUAAUUCAUGGAACACGGCAUAUUGAUUCUCAA